CGCGGGCUGGGCUACUACAGCCGGGCGACGCGGAUCCACGACGCCGCGCGCCUGGUCGUGCGGGACCCGGACAUGCGCGGCUUGCUCCCCGCCGAGACCGCGGAGCUCGAGAAAAGGGUCCCCGGCGUCGGCAGAUACACUGCGGGGGCUAUCUCCGCCAUUGUGUUUGGCCGCGCUGCGCCCAUGGUCGAUGGGAAUGUCGUGCGUGUUCUGACCCGGCAGUUGGGGAUAUUCGGCAGCGCCAAGACGAACAAGAGCGUCUCCGACGCAAUCUGGGAUGUUGCCGACGCCCUCGUCCGGACCGUCGCCCAGGACCCGUCCCAAGAUGUCGCCGGAGAUGGCGAGGCACCGGUCAGCGACCGGCCAGGCAGAUGGGGCCAGGCUCUGAUGGAGCUGGGGAGCACUAUCUGCACCCCCAAGCCGGACUGUUCACGGUGUCCCAUCACAUCGACUUGCCGCGCAUAUGCCGAGGGUCUUUCGAUCGCAGACGGGCCUGCUCGCACCAAUGGCACCGGUGCCACUACUCUUGUAGACAUCGAGGAUUUGUGUCAGCUCUGCGAGCCGUUUGAUGAAGACGCGGUGCCUGGGGGUAUCAAUGAUUGCGAUGACUUGGCGCAAACUGCUACUCGAGCAGACGACAAGCCCAGCCGUUCAAGACGCGCGAAGGUUACCCAGACAGUCAACAUCAGCAAUGGCGAGAAAGCUUCCACGGAGUCUCCCCCAAGUGCGGAUACCAUGGCGGUAAUCGUCGACCACGCGAGGAAGUUCCCCCCCAAAGCCAUCAAGAAAGCCGUCCGAGAGGAGGAAUGCCUGGUCUGCGCAAUCCUCCGAAGCGACGGCCAAUACCUAAUUCACCGCCGACCAAGCAAGGGUCUCCUUGCGGGGCUCUGGGAACUCCCAAGCCAUACGCUCCCGGCUUCAAAUCAGAGCACGGCGCAAUCAAGGAAGCGAGGUGCCGCGGCCUACGUGGCCGGUCUGUUCCCCGACUGUGCUGAGAAAUCCCAGAGGCAGAAACGGCCACGCCUGAAACAUUGCGGUGAGCUUGGGAGCGUGCCGUGGCUGUUCUCGCAUCUUAAGCUGACGAUGCACGUCCAUCUCUUCACCUUGGACCAUCGUGCCGACCAGUCAAUAAUCAUGGCCCGGGCGGAUCAGCUACAUCGAUGGGCGUCGGACGGGGAGGUCGAUGGAGAAUCCAUGGGCACAGGCAUGCGAAAAUGCUGGGCACUUGUGAGGGAUUGUGAUACUGCACAGUGAGACGACCAUGUGUGAGAAAUACAUGUACAUACAAUCUGCAAGUGUGAAGAGUGCAGGCUCGACGACGGGAAGUUCUAGCCAUGGGGUACGGUGGUUCAUGGAGCGAAACCGCUGGCUGGGUCCGAUUGACACGAUAGACCAUAGACCAUAGACGAAGAUGAACAGAUGAACAACUCGUAGAGAUAUCCAUUGUUGGG